UGGGGUCCGCAGUACGCGGCUACCGUGUACUGUAUAGUUUCUGUUAUUGCACUUACGCCUUCCGUCGAACGCGAACCGCCUCUGAUCACCCUGUACACACUUGCGAGUGCCACCGUACGUGCCGUUUUUGCGCCUCGCCGUAAUAAUCGCUCGGUCGUACGUGAAAGUGAUUUCAAGCGGAGGGUUGACGGCGUCUAUUAAAUAUUAAUGCGAUAUAGAGUGGCCGCGGCAAAGUUGAAGGAUACGUAAUUAUUACGUUCGUUCUGGCAUAAAGUGGAAUAUUGGUAUUUUUAUCCGAGGAGUAUGUGUGUUACGAAUGAUUUAUUGUGGCACGGCGCACAAUGUUACACUUUCUACGGGGAAUUGGAGUUGGUUUCAAUGCUUGCGAUAAACUUUUAACCCCCGAUGUGAAAGUGGACGCGCUAAUUGCGACGAGUACGUAGCGGGAUAUGGAAUACCAGAACGAGGGGUUUUACUUUGGGAAGGGGUUCUGGAAGUCCGGGGGCGGCAACGUGCACACGGAGAGUGGGUAUGGUUCGGACGAAUUCAAUGACUCUCCCCGCUACACCUCGCCCAACCCUAGCACAGGCUACUACCUCGGCGCCGACGGUACCCCGGGUACCGUCGGCGACUGGCACCCAUCGUAUGGCACCUCGACGACGUACCAGGCCUACGAAGCCUACGGUCUUAUCCCAGAAACGGAAGGUCAAGGCUUGCCACCCAUGUCCUCCCUAAGGCCAAACGGUACCACCGUCACCACCAUGUCGGGAACGAACAAUUCGGCGUUCGGACCCACAAAUCAUACAGACGGCAUUAGUAAUAAGGUAUUAGGGACAAUUUAUCCAAUCGCAGAACAAGCUAGUGCGAGUAGUUAUAGUUCGGCCCCAUCGACGCCGGUUAGUUCACCGCCUCCGUUAGCGCCAUCUAGCUGGUUGGCGAAUCACACGACUCCACAUUCACCCCACUACACACAGUCGGUCAGUGUGAAUAAUAGUGCUGCACCUCAGGGUUUACAUAUGCCUCCCGCCCCUGAAGCGCAACGCUUAGACGAUGCAAUAGGGUUUUUACGGGAUCACGCUGAAGUAAAUGGAACACGAAUGGAAGAAAGACUGGACGACGCGAUCAACGUGCUGCGCAACCACGCGGAGCCACAAAUUACGAUCGGGCAGCUUCCACCGAACCUGGCGCAACACCAGAUGACGUCCCUCGGGUACACGACGGCGGCGGCGGCGGCGUCCGAACCGCACAUACCGGACACGGUCAAGGUGGAGCGGGCAACAUAUAACACGAAAAAACGCAAAGAGCCUCCAGACAGUGACACGAAACCCUCAAGCUCUGUAGAAAGUAUUGCACAGCCCAACUCGACGAGCGGACCUCCACCGAAGACGACAAAGAGGUCGAGGAGAUACUGUUCAAGUAAUGGAGACGAAGAUGAAAUUGAUGAUCCGAGCAACAAGGCCGUACGCGAGAGAGAGCGUAGGCAGGCCAACAAUGUCCGGGAACGUUGUUCCAGUGCUGAUGAGACGGAAGAAGGUGAACUAGAUCCAGAUAUUAAAGCACAAAGAGAGAAAGAGAGGAGGCAAGCGAAUAACGCGAGAGAGAGGAUACGGAUUCGUGAUAUUAAUGAAGCUUUAAAAGAGCUGGGAAGGAUGUGCAUGGCGCAUCUCAAGACCGACAAACCCCAAACGAAGCUCGGUAUUUUAAAUAUGGCCGUAGAGGUCAUAAUGACGCUGGAGCAGCAGGUCCGAGAACGGAACCUGAAUCCCAAGGCUGCUUGCCUGAAACGGCGGGAGGAGGAAAAAGCAGAAGACGGCCCUAAAUUAGGGCCCGGACCUCACCACAUGCUGACGCAGCAUUACCCCACAUUACCGGGUGCUCCUGCCAAUUUGCCUCACAAUCCAGGCCAGCCGCAAUAGCACUGCUAACGCGGCAGGUCUGCCACCUGUACAUAACUUAUUCGUACAAACGGCUCUCAUCAUUUGUUCAUCAAACAUACAAAUUAUAUUAUAUUUUUUUAAGAAAUGUUCUGUAGUGAUACCUAGCAUGUUUUCACAUUAAUUUUCACUUUACUGAAAUGAAUCAUGAGAGGUUUGAUGACAAUUUUAACAAUAGGCCCGACGAACGCCCGGAGUCGCCCUUAUUUAUUUAUUCAAACAAAGUCGAACAAUUUUGCGUGCCAAACGUCGUUACAAUACUCUUACUAUAGAAACACAUACGUAUUUGAUCUCUCUAUGCCAUUUCGUGACAAAAUUGUGCCAUUUCGGAACCGUUGUCGCUUUGCGAGCGAAAGCGACGAGGGUUUUUUCGCGCUCCGAGCGCCCGUCGGCCCCGAAUAUAUGCGCCAGUAUUUUGAAAAUUAUGACUUAUAGAACUUUUCCGGGAGUCAGAGAACCGGCGAAAACUGUAAAUAAGUGUUCAUUCGCGCGGCCGGCGACCCUUCCCGAGUAUUUUGAUAUGCAAUAUUUAAUUUAUGUAUUACGCGGGGGAGGGGCUGCCGGCCUUGUCUUAAAAUAUAUGCCAUUGAAAAUGAACAUAACUUAAGAUAUUACUUAUUUAAUAUUAAACGCUCUGUUUAUCCACUGGACUAUUUUUAUAUCUAUAUAUUUUAUUUGAGCGGUAGAUUUUUUUUUAUUAUUCUACUAAACUUAGUGCAACUUUUUUAAAUUUAGUUUGGUGUUCAAACUAUAACCAGAUCACUAUAUCGAUAAAUUUGUUCAUUAUUUUAAUUUUAAGUUUUAUGUAAUAUUUAACUUUAAUUUUAUUAGGUAUAUUUUAUUUUAAGGUAAACAUGUAAUUUUGCAUUGUUUCUCUUAGCUUUUUAGUGAAUCUUUAUUUAUAUUUGUUUUUAUUGUUGAAAGCUCAGUUUGAAUUCCGACGAGUUCAACAUAUAGUGUAUAUUGUUGCAAUGCAAUCUGGACUUGAAAAUUCUGCAAUACGCGUAAUGGCAUAGUAUAUUUCAUUCCACCGGCAGCCAUUUUGUACUACUUAUUUAUUAGGCAGCAAAUGGAAGACAUAGCGGCAGCCGUGCAUACACACAAUCAUCUUCUAUUUUGGCUCAAUUUUCAAUAUUGGUGCAACUACUUGUUUUUUUUUUACUUUAUUUUUAUUAUUUUUUUAAUUAUUUGUGAAGCGAAUCUUGACAGUCGCAUCGUUGUCUACAAUAAAUUACACACAUUGUUUAGACAUUUGAUAAAUAUAUUUUUUUAGUUGGUGGACAACGUGUCAUUUUUGAGAUUUGACUUGAAUCGAUUAGACGAUUGUAAGUAAAGCUUACCUUGACAUGUAUAAACGUUUAAAGCGGAUGUGUUUUUAAGUAUAUAAAAAGUAUAUAUGAAUAAAAUACUGCGUGAUGAAAAAGUAAAUUUAAGAUAUACAGUUAGACUACGGUAUAAAAUGAAUAUCAAUGUAAUAUACAAUACGUACAUAAUAUACUAUGUGCCAUUUUUCAUAA